GGGUAAUAUGGGCAUCUGUGAUUCUUUUUUAUAGGUCCGUGCAAUAUAAAAUUUGCUGAAUUGAAAACGAGGCUAGUAAUAUGAGACCACUUCCGCAGACAGAUUUCAACCUUUGGUUUGCAGAGAUCGUUUGAUUUUCACGUUUUAAAAUUUUGAUUGUUCUGGUUACAUCACACCACUAUCUUUCAAGGAGCAUAAACUCUUCUAAAGAUGCCACGAACAUACAUCAGGAAAAAUAUGAGGAAGCAGUGGGCGGCUGACGCAAUGGCUGCAGCAGUUACUGCAGUUAGAAACAAAGAAAUGGGCUAUUUAAAAGCCAGCAAAACUUUUGGUGUUCCUAGAGCAACUUUAGAACGCAAGGUAAAAUGCAUUGACACACCACUCAGCGAAGUGGUAAAUGUUCCCUUAGGGAGAAAGCCUACAUUGCCACCUCAUAUUGAAGCAGAUUUGGUCAAUUACAUAAUUGAAAUGGAGGCUAGACUGUUUGGUUUAACUAGCACUGAUGUGCGAAGAAUGGCGUAUCAGCUAGCUAAAAUGAACAAUAUCAAGACUGACUUCAACAUUAACAAUGAAAUAGCAGGCAAAGACUGGCUAAUAUCAUUUUUAUGUAGGCACCCAGAACUUUCUUUACGAAGUCCAGAAUCAACUUCAGCUGCUCGAGCCACUGCCUUUAACAAAGUCAAUGUUGGGAAAUUUUUCGAUCUUCUGGAAAAAGAAGUUGAUUUAAAGAAAUAUAAAUCAAAUCAAAUCUAUAACGUUGACGAGAAAGGCAUCACAACAGUGCAAUCUAAUAAUGCAAAAAUUAUUGCACUAAAAGGAAAAAAACAAAUUGGAGUCCUGUCAUCAGCUGAAAGAGGAAGGACAGUAACAACAGUAAUUUGCAUGAGUGCGGCUGGUGAAUAUGUACCACCAAUGUUCAUCUUUCCUCGCCAGCGGAUGAAGAUGGAGCUAAUGGAUGGAGCACCUCCUGGAUCCAUUUAUGCUUGCCACAAGACUGGGUGGAUUCAGUUGGAUUUAUUUACACAAUGGCUUCAACAUUUUAUCAACUUUGUUAAGCCCAGUCUGUUAAACCCAGCUUUACUAAUUUUAGAUGGGCAUGCAUCACAUACGAAAAAUCUAAAUGCAAUAAACCUGGCAAGACAAAAUCAUAUCACAAUGAUUUGUCUUCCGCCACACUGCACUCACAGAAUGCAGCCCCUUGAUGUUUCAUUCAUGAAACCACUAACUACGUACUAUGACUCUGAAAUACAAGUGUGGCUGAGGUCACAUCCUGGACGAGUAAUCACGGAAUUUCAAAUUGCUUCCAUUUUCGCCAAAGCCUACCUUCGUGCUGCCAGCCUUGCCACAGCGGUCAAUGGCUUCGAAAAGACAGGCAUCUGGCCUGUCAAUAGAGACAUUUUUCAAGACUGGGAAUUCAAGGCAGCGGAGACGACAGAUAUACAGGUAGCAUCAAAUGAAAUUCAGGAGCAACAAAUGAACUCUGCGAUGGAUUUACCAUCAACAUCCAGCUGUUCCAAUUUGGAACUUGGUAACCAGGAACCUCUUAACAAAUCCUGGGGACCAGCUGACAUUAGUCCUUUUCCGGUGGCACAUUGUGAGCGAAGCAAAGGGAAAGGGCGGCGCAAAGGAUGUACCGCAGUUUUGACGAGCUCACCAUAUAAACAGACACUAUGUGAGCCGUCCACUUCUAAAUGUGUCCCAAAUAAACACAAAGGAAAUAAAUCAAAAGGCAAAUCAUCCAACCUAGGUGAUGAUGACACUCCUUGUAUAUAUUGCAAUGGCCUGUUCUCGGAAGAUACAGAUGGAGAACAAUGGGUUCAGUGUGUAGCUUGUAGUAAAUGGGCCCACACUGAAUGUGCUGGGGCAGAGUCCAGUAUUUUUGAGUGUGACUUGUGUGUGGAGAGUGAUUAA